AUGGAUAGAGAUCAAAAAAGCACGCAAGAUCAAAAAAUUAAGACACCCGGUAGUUUGUCCAGCCGUUUUGGAGAAGAGAAGAAAACAGACCUAAGUGAGGCGGAACAAGGACACGACCUAUCGGCAUACAGUGUACAACAAAAGAUCGCAAACGCAACAUACAUACCCCCGCCGCCAUAUUCAGCCAUUGACCAAGAACUAGACCUAGCAGGUAAUUCUCAACCUUCAAAAGAGCCUAUUAAUAUCAAGCAAGACAUUAUACAUUGGUUGUUUUACUACUUGCGCGUGGGUUUAGGUACUUCUUUGGGUCUGCUUAUGUUUCUGGAUUUGGCUAAGCUAGCCGGCGGGUCGGGUAUAGCGGGUUCGAUAAUGGUCUUUUGGUUCUUCCUUCUCAAGUUAGCUUUAGUCCUCGAAUCAGUCACUCAAUUUAUAACAUCAGUUUGGAUGCGUGGUUCCUCCAAGGCGUCUAAUGAAAUCAACCAAAAUAUAGCUACUGGUAUUAGUGUUGGUGUUGGAAUGGCUGUACAGAGCAUCUUGCUUUUGAUAAUAAUAGGUCUAGCCGGCCAGAACAAUGUUGCUUUCUACACUGCACACUACUCUAAGGUAGCCUGGCUCUUCUAUGUAGUAGCUCUUAUUGAUAUCGCUCUUAUUGGGCAGCGACUCUACAAGUAUGCUAAAGGCGAGAUACCUUCAGUGCAUAUUGAUCAGGAUGACAACUGGUACAAAAAGUCUUUCAUCGAGAAAGUUCUCAAUCAGGACAAUUUCAGGGACCUGAUAAGAUUGGCUAUUUACGUCACUUACAUUAUAUCUGUGUUUAUAGUCCUUUUCAUUGCUUUGGUGGCACCAUCUACUCGAGACUUGAUACUGACGAGCGUUUAA